UUCGGUAUCGAUACCCCGAUAACACCACUUCGCACGUUAUCAUUGUUACAAAAUAACAAAGAUUAUGAAUUAAAUUAUUGAAGUAACACGCUAAAAUGUUGCGAUAUAGGCAUGUAGUGCGCCUUCUGCAGCGUAGAAAUUACUCGACAGGAGCAGCUAGCAAUGGAAGUCAAUCACCCGGCGGAGAAAACUCCGGCGAAGAUGAUCCGCACCCAAUAAGACGAACCCUUCGUUUGCUCGGCAACGAUAUGCGCAAAGUCAAAGAGUUCUUUGUGCCCAAGGAAACGGAAACCGAGGAGGAUCGUAUCCCCACCCAGAGCAAGUUUCAGUUUACCGGGGAGAAGACCAGAGAUCCAACUGUGCCAGACGAUUUCCAGACCCACUGCGAUGUGCUUAUCAUUGGCGGCGGAGGAGUAGGAAGCUCCAUCGCCUACUGGCUAAAGGAAAAGGCUCGCGAUGGCCUCAACGUGGUGGUGGUGGAGAAGGAUGAAACGUACGCCCAUUCCGCCACACGGGUUUCUGUGGGUGGUCUUUGCCAGCAGUUCUCCCUGCCCGAGAACAUCCAGAUGUCUCUCUUUGCCGCUGAGUUUUUGCGGGGCGCCAAGCAGCACUUUGGCCAGGAUGUGCCCCUACAGUUCACGCCCCAUGGCCACCUGAUGCUCGCCGGCGAAGAGCACGCCGAAAGCCUGAUGCGCUCGUCCCAGCUGCAAAACGAACUGGGCGCCCGGAACGAACUGCUCACGGCGGAUCGACUGGCAACGCGGUUUCCCUGGCUGAACACCAGGGGCAUCGCCUUGGGCUGCCAUGGCUUGGAGAAGGAGGGCUGGUUCAAUCCCUUGGCCCUGCUGAGCAAUCUCCGGCGCACUGCCACUGGUUACGGAGCUCAUUUCCUCAGUGGCCAGGUGGUCGACUUUGAAUUCAAGUCUCAAACCGAUAUUUCAGUGGUCGGCGACACCGGGUCUAACGAGGGAAACUACACGGGCCUGGACAAGGCGGUCAUCCAACUGUCCGAUGGCACGAGUCGCACCUGCAAAUUUGCACUGUGUGUGAUAGCAGCCGGCACCAGUUCCGGGCAGGUGGCCAGAUUGGCGAAGAUAGGUCUGGGUCCGGGAAUGCUGCAGCUUCCGCUGCCCAUCGAUGCACGCAAGCGGUACAUGUACGCCAUCAACUCGGAGGCUCAAAGUGCACCUGGAAUGUCAAUGCCCAUGACCAUUGAUCCCUCGGGCGUCUUUAUCCGUAGAGACGGACUGAAUGGAAACUACAUAUGCGGGCAAGAUUCCACUGAGGAGAGCAAUAUUUCAGCGGCGGAUGCGCAGUUCUUUGAUCAACACAUCAGACCAAAGCUGGCGGAGCGAGUUCCCGCCCUUGGAGAGGCUGAGGUGCUGGAUAGCUGGACGGGUAGCUACGAUCAGAACGUUUACGACGAGAAUGGCAUUUUGGGAGCCCAUCCGUACUACCACAAUCUGUAUAUAGCUACUGGCUUCAGCGGGCACGGAGUCCAGCAAUCCCUGGCCGUGGGCAGAGCCAUAUCCGAGUUGGUAAUGGAUGGCCAGUUCCGGACGAUCGAUCUCUCGCGUCUGAGCUUCGACAGGCUGAUUGUGGACCAACCCAUGUACGAGUUAAAUAAUGUGUUAAGCUAGGAUUGUUAAUGGUGCAUUAUAAACUAAAUGCAGCUAAUUUAAUUUGUGAA